UGGAAUUUACCGGAAGAAAAUCACAUCUGCAUAACGACGGACAACGCAUCAAACAUGGUGUUGGCAGCACAACUAAAUGAAUGGACCAGACUGCAGUGUUUUGGGCACCGAUUACAUCUUGCCAUCGGACAUGCACUUAAAGAUGACAGAGUGUCCAGAGCAAUAGGGCUGUGCAAGAAGCUGGUGGGGCACUUCUCCCACAGCUGGAAGAAGAAGGCAGCAAUGGCUGAAGCUCAAAGGGAACUCAAACUUCCUGAGCACUCCCUCAUCACUGAAUGCCCUACAAGAUGGGGAUCCAAAGAAAUGAUGAUUGCCAGGGUGCUAGAGCAGCUCAAAGCCAUCACUCAGGUGUUGUCAGGUGACCGAUAUGCACGCUCCCUGAUCCCAACCUGGCAGGAUAUUGAGGUGUUGGAGUCCAUUCACAAGGCACUGCAUCCUCUCCAGGAGUUUACGGAUGCUCUCUCUGGAGAGGAGUACGUCAGCAUCUCUUACUUAAAACCAGUUCUUCACCUUCUGUCCACAUCAGUCCUGGCUGAAAACCAAGAGGACACUGACCUGACAAGGUCAAUUAAGACCAAGGCCCUGGCUUACCUCACCGAUAAGUACAGUGACCCCAGCAUCCAGGAGCUUUUGGAUGUUGCAUCCUUUCUAGACCCAAGGUUCAAAACCAAGUACAUCGCUGCAGACAACAUUCCCACCAUUAAGACCCGACUCAAAACUGAAAUUAUGCAACCAGCAAGGCGUGCAUAUAACCAGGAGAAGAGAAGUCGUACUGAAACCACAACGAUGCCUAAAAAUGCACAGCCCUCUGUUGAAAAGGGCAAGAAGUCUCUUGGGAGUUUCUUCAAGACUGCUGUGGGCUCUUCUGUUUCUUGCAUGCAACCCGAAGAUGUUGUUGAGGCAGAGUUAAACAGCUACCUCAUGACUCCUACCAUCGAUGGAGAGGAAGACCCCUUGGCCUGGUGGAAGAUGCACAGGAUUAACUUUCCACAACUGUGCAACAUGGCCCGCAAGUAUCUUUGUGUCCCAGCCACAAGUGCUCCUUCAGAGCGUCUUUUCAGUGCUGGAGGGAAUAUAGUGACUUGCACUCGCUCCUCUUUGAAACCAGCAAAAGUUGACAUGCUGAUUUUCCUGGCAAAAAAUCUGUGAGCUUCUAAAAAAAAAUACAGAGACAAAUCUUUGUGGCUUACAGUGCCAUAUGUUUUUUGCACUUUACAAUAGUUGUUUGCUGCUCUUACUGAGUGAAUAUAUAAUUUAUAUGAUUGUUCAAAACGUUUCUUAGGAUUUAAAAAGGUCAUACACUAAUUUAUUUUCUGUUUAUUUGAGAGUUUGAUUGACCUAUUAAAAUGUUUACAGGUUGAAAGAAGUAAUUCAUUCGGUAUACUAUGCUGCACUUUAGUAUGUUUGAUGCCACUGACUGGAGAUCAGUGAUUUAUUUCGUUUCUUAUUUUGUUUAUUUAUUUUUAGACUGUCCUGUUAAAAUCUGACAAUGUUUAAGGAGUGGAGUC